UGUAGUAAUGGACGACGGUAAAAAAUGCCGUAAUGAAAUGUUACAUUGUGUUUAAGAAGUAAAAGUUUGUCAGCGAUGUAAAUUGUUGAACUGUGGUGAAAAAAUAGGUGUUUGAUGUGAAGUGCUGAUUAUAUAGUCUCGCCGAAUAAAAGAUUUUCCUAUUUGGCUCUAAAAGUUUCAUCGCAGAAAUGACAGCCAUAGAAACAGGGAAGCAGCACAAGGAAAGGCUAAUAUGGAAUGUAAAGAGGGAGGUAAAACAAAUAAUGGAAGAGGCUGUAACACGCAAGUUUGUUCAUGAAGAAAGCAGCUCAAUAACAUCUCUAUGUGGAGCAGUAGAAGCUUGUGUUUCGCAAGGUUUAAAACGACGUGCUCUUGGUCUCUUCAAAACAAGCUCUACUACAGCACUUAUUCACAAAGUUGGGAAGGUCUUUGAACCAGCUGCAGUUGUCUCACAACUUGUGAUGCAAGCAGAGGCUGUGGAUCCAAAUCGGCGUUCCAGUUCAAGUGGCGACUCCUCAGCACUGCAGAAGAAUGGUUCUCAGACUUCACCACCACCACCACCUCCACGAUACCUAUGGAUUCGCAUAGCACUUUUUGAGAAAUCUUUGGCCAAGAUAAUUGACUACUUGGUGCAAAACAGUAGCAAAUACUAUGAGAAAGAUGCCCUUGUCGCAGAUCCUGACUAUGGCUCAAUCUUGAGCUCCCUUCUUGUCAUGGGUAAUCUUUCAGUUGGCCCGUGUGCAUUGGAUUACUCUAAAACAAAGACACAGGACCAUUUCUGGACUGAUCCUCCAGCAGAUGAAUUAGUGCAAAGGCAUCGUAUAUCAACAGGUCAGAGUACCCCUCCUCCUCGACGCCGUACUGCCCUAAAUUUUGGUCGAAGUUUACAUGCGGUAGGGUCUGAGGAAUGUGUACGGGCACUACCGCUCUCAGCAAAGGAUUAUGUUGAAAGCCUGCACCAGAACAGUCGAGCCACUCUACUUUAUGGGAAAAAUAAUGUUCUCGUUCUUCCUAAAGACCGGACUGAACCUCUGCCUGGAUAUUUGUCAUUACAUCAAACUGCAAGUUCUCUUACCAUAAAAUGGACCCCUAACCAGUUGAUGAAUGGGUAUUCUGAAUCAGACAUUUCUGAUAAAAGACGUGGCAGUCUGCCUGUAUCAACAGAGUCAUCUCGAAGACAAACUAGUUUUCGUCGAACAUCAACAAUAUCACAUUUGUACAUGUAUUGGGAAUAUGCUAUGAAUGUACCAAUAGAAGAGGUCGUCUAUGUUCAUUGCCAUCAGCAAGCUGACAGUGGUGGAACUGUUGUCUUGGUGAUGCAAGAUGGAGUCCAGAAACCUCCAAUACAUUUUCCUUGUGGAGGUCACCUUUUGUCAUUUCUGUCCUGCCUUGAGAAUGGUUUGCUACCACAUGGACAGCUGGACCCCCCACUAUGGUCACAGAGAGGAAGAGGCAAAGUUUUUCCACGUCUUCGAAGAAAGGGGCGAGCUCCAGCACAACAAGAAAGUGAAUCAUCUGAUUAUGUAUUUCGUAUUGUCAGCAAGACAAAUCAUGAAGACUUUUUAGCGGGCACUGAACUGAUGGAUCCGUGGCCGUGGCGUAACAUACCUGAUCCCCAGCGGCUUGUAUCCACGUCUACCGCGAGUAGCUCCACCUCAUCAUCGAAGUCAUUGAGUCUUGAUCCAGCACCAUCAACACAUAUUGCAGAUGCUGCAUCACCUGCACAAGGUGACCCUAUACAGCAAGUAUGUACCUCAAUGAGGCGACAGAUAUCAUCUAGGGCAUUCUAUGGGUGGCUGGCUUAUUGCCGUCAUCUGCGCACAGUUCGAACCCACCUCUCAGGACUGGUGCUCACAACGAUAGUGCCAUCCAGUGAUGCAGAAUCUGGUCUGACUGCUGAACGUUGGGCAGAACUAUCUAAGGCUGAAGGGCAAGCAGCAGAAAUAUUUAGGCUUACUUAUUAUGGUGGCAUUGAACAUAGCAUUCGUAGACAGGUAUGGCCGUAUCUUUUGGGACACUAUGAAUUUGGUAGUACAGAGGAGACACGUAAUGAACUGGACCGUCAUACACGUCAGAUGUAUGAAACAACAAUGUCAGAGUGACUAGCAGUUGAAGCUAUUGUGCGACAGCGCGACAAGGAAGCUAUGGCGGCCAAUCUGGCAAAAUUGUCUUCGGAGAGCACAAGUGCUGAUGCACCACCACCUACACCAGCCAUCAACAAAGAACUUAGCAAUGAUGUGUUUGAAGACAAUAUUAGUGAUGGUGCAGACAUAAGUUAUGGUGCACAAUUAGAGGAACAGCAGAAUGAACACAAUCAUCUGGAAGAAAAGUUUGCAGCUCAAUGCGCAGCAGGUUUGGGGAAGCUGACAGCAGAAUGCAUUCGUCGAACUAGUGCAGUUGACUCUGAUGAGGAUGAUCCAACAUCUCCAGAUGAAGGUGUCGUAGAGGAUGUUGAGACAGAAUUUUUGAUGAACAAAGCCAACAACGAACCAGUUUCUGAAAAAGUGUCUACUGAAGCAAAGACGGCAGCACAAUCUGGAGGUGUCAUUGUGACAACGAAUCCAUCACUUGACAGUGGCACACAUUCAGAUCCUCUAGCCGAUGACAUGGGGGAGAGAACGCUUGAGACACAUCCUGAAGAACACGAUACUCUUGCUGUAGAAGAGGAGGAGUCGGCCCGCUCUUCCUGUGUAUCCCCAGCGAGUUCACAAGGUGGAGUCUACUCGGCAGAACUGCUGGAAACAUUUGGCUUGAAUUUACAUCGCAUUGAUAAAGACGUUCAGAGGUGUGACAGAAACUACUGGUAUUUUACACCUGAUAAUCUGGAGAAGUUACGAAAUGUUAUGUUCACGUAUGUUUGGGAACAUCUGGAAGUUGGCUACAUGCAGGGAAUGUGUGAUUUGGUUGCUCCUCUACUUGUCAUCUUUGAUGAUGAAGCCACAACAUAUGCUUGUUUCUGUCGUCUCAUGGAACGAAUGGCAGCCAACUUUCCACAUGGGGGAGCUAUGGAUACACACUUUGCCAAUAUGCGGUCACUGAUACCAAUACUGGACUCCGAGAUGUUUGAAUUGAUGCACCAGAACGGAGACUACACUCAUUUUUAUUUCUGCUACCGCUGGUUUUUGCUGGAUUUUAAGAGAGAACUGGUGUAUGAAGAUGUCUUCAGUGUUUGGGAAACAAUCUGGGCAGCAAAGCAUGUUUCAUCAUCACAUUUUGUACUUUUCAUUGCAUUAGCUUUAGUGGAGACCUAUCGGGACAUUAUACUUGGUAAUAGCAUGGACUUCACAGAUAUCAUCAAAUUUUUCAACGAAAUGGCUGAACAUCAUAAUGUGAAACUCAUACUAAAUCUUGCAAGAGAUUUAGUGCUGCAGCUGCAAACACUCAUCGAAAAUAAAUAAUAUUUUUAUGCUUACAAAAGUUAUUGUAAUUAAUAGGAUAUACUUUAAGCACUAAAGUACAAAAAUUUAUGCCCUCAGUGUUGGUGAAUGAAUUGUUAGAAUUGAAACUAAAUAACUGUUUUGUUUUUUAUCAGGGCAUUCACAAGUCUGAUCUGUCAUUGCCAAAUCAUAUUUAAGCCAUGAUUGUAGUUUAAAGAAUGUAUCAUGUGCGAAUUAUCUGUCAACAUGAAUGCCGUGCUGAUAAUACAGCACUCUUCAGUAAUGAAG